AUGGUGGGCCCCGCGCCCAUCCCGCAUCUCCCCUCGGAAAUAUGGCUCAUGGUUCUCGAGUGUCUGCCACCAUCCUUCUUUCAACAAGACAUUGGCCGGCUGGCCGUUUCCAAACGCUGGUAUAGCCUCGCUUUCCCCGCCUUCUACCCGCGUAUCGAGUUCACUCCGCGUGUCAUCAGCCGCCUGGUGCACCGCAAGUCUCCGGCGAUGGACGAGACACGAGCCAUGCUGCGCAAGUCGCUGCGUUGUGUUGAUAUUGUGCUCGACGGGCUCCCCGAACAACCUCCUGCCCUUCCCGAUGAAUACGAACCCGACACCGACCUCGUCUGCUUUAACACGCCGGCAAACUUGGUGCGCUUCUCGGUGAUGCUGCUUGAGUAUCGUGAACUGAAAACAGUGCGCUUCGCCGCCCGCUGGCCCAAUCGCGCCUGGCCCGCCGAUCCGUUGCAAACCGACUACCUCAACAUCCGUAGUCUGCAGCCGUAUCUCAGCGUGUUAACCCACAUCACCUCGCUGGACCUGGAUCUAUGUGGGACCGAUAUCCUCGGCGAGGACGAUGGCGUCGCGGCAGCGGGAGACGACGAUGAUAGCGACAAUUCCGAUGACAAUGACAAUGACAAUACCGACGCCAGCUCUCCGAUACACUUCUGCAAUUUCAUCCGCCCUCUGCUCUCCCGGCUCACCACCCUCCGCUUACGCAUGCGCAGUAUCUGCGCACUGGCUCUCCAGCCGCUUGCUGGCCGCCCUGUAACCGUGCGCAACCUCUCCCUCAGCCUCUACCUCGGCCGCGUAUCCGAGAACAACCCGAAACUCAACGCCAGCCGCAUGUGCCCUCGGCUGGGCCUGCGCGGGUUUACCCGCAAUGUGUCUCUGCUUGAAAUGCAGUCCGCCAUGCGGGAGUUGAUCGAGGACAUGCCUGUGGCCACGCCCGUGUCUACUAGGGGUAUGGGCACGGGUCCCGGUAUCGCGCCUGGGCCGGGUCGGGGCCGUCGGGCAGAGAUAGUACACCUGGCGCCCAGCGGCGAGGUACACGUGUGGGAUGCCGCGACCGAUGUGUGCGUGAGGGACGUAUCGGUCGAGCCGAUGCGGCUGCCGCUGUGCUUCGAAGCGAAGCUGCCGGAUACGCCAUGCUUCUUGUACAUGUGA